CUUCUCUCGACCGUCUCGACGCUCACUCCUCGCCUGAGACGCGGCUGAUUUCCUUUUUCUUCUGUCGCCCCCAGGAUGCCGUUCAAGCGAUAUGUGGAGAUCGGCAGGGUCGCCCUCGUGAACUACGGGAAGGAGUAUGGAAGGCUCGUUGUUAUUGUCGACGUUAUCGAUCAGAACAGGGCUUUGGUUGAUGCUCCUGAUAUGGUGCGUGGUCAGAUUAACUUUAAGAGGCUUUCUCUUACUGAUAUAAAGAUUGACAUACCACGAGUUCCUAAGAAGAAGACCCUCAUUCAAGCCAUGGAAGCUGCUGAUGUUAAGAACAAGUGGGAGAACAGCUCGUGGGGCAGGAAGCUUAUCGUGCAGAAGAGGAGAGCUGCACUAAAUGACUUCGACAGGUUCAAGGUCAUGGUGGCCAAGAUUAAGAGAGGACGUGCCAUCAGGCAGGAACUGGUCAAACUAAAAAGGGAGAAUGCAGCUUAACCUCUUCAGGAAUAUCUUAUGUUGUGCUAGUUGUCACGUGCUGAAUUUUUUAGAUACUAGUAUUGUACGGCACUUGAACAUUCUUCCUUGUAAGAUGCUAAGUGAGCCUAACUCAAUAAGUAAAGGACUUAGAAAAGUCUGAAAACAAAAGCUAUUGCUUAAUGCUUUACAAUACUUGGAUACACAAUACACAUUUGAGUCAAGUAUCCAAGUAUUGUAAACUAUCAAGUAAUAGUUCUCUUCCAAACUUUUUUUGAGUCCUUUGCUUGAUUUGAGUUAGGCUUACUUAGCCUCUUACAAGGAAGAACAUUUAAGUGUCACACUAAUAUUUAAAGAAUUUAGAACAUGACUAGUGUUGUUUUUGAAAGUUGGUGGUCAAAGUUAUUGGAUUCAUUUCCUCGUUUAAAA